AUGAUACAUUUGGGUAAACGGCGCGAAGCUGCAUUGUUCUCUGGUACUUUUUCCAUACCUUAUAUACAAGAUUCUCUUCAAAUCAUACAGUAUAGUGGGCCUCUAAAGCCUAAGCAAACCUCUCGUCGGAACCCCUCAAAAGCCCUAUUAAGUAAAGACAGUCCAAAAUCGAACACUAAAUUAGAGAAUAAAGAGAAUCUUGCACCUAUGUCGGACGGAGUCGAAGUCAUUGACUUAACAUACUUAGUUAGAGAAGGCAACAGCGAGAUUAGCGGUAGCAGAGGUGGGGGAGAUGAUGAUGUAAGCAAAAACACGGUCGUUAUCGAGGACAGUCAGCCCAGUUCAGAUACAGACGAGAGCGACUCGCACGACAAUAAUGCAGGUACGCAGAUAGGCGAUCGGCUUGGAGUUUUAAGCAUCAUAGCCCCGGAUCUUCGCGGUGGGGAGUGUUCUAUAGACAUAGAGAAUGUUAUCGACUCCGAUGCGUUAACGCAAGGCAGCCCUUCUACGAUUGAAAACACGAGCAACUGCGUGGCUGACCCGCAAGCGGAAACGCUUCCCGCCAACCAAGCGGCACAUUUGAUCGUUAAACACGACAUCGAAGCAGCGCCUUAA